GUCCUCAUGAUAGACGGCGAAGUCGUAGCCGUGACCGUAAAGGACGUGAUCGUGAUGAUAGACGAAGUAGGGAUAGCCGCAGCCCCCAUGACCGACGAAGGCGUGACGACAGAAAGGCUCAAGAAGAAUGCUCCAGUCAUUAUCUAG